CCGCACUUACAUAUGCGAAUACAUAUAGGCGUGUAAUGAAAGGCAAAUGGGCCUUUCUCGAACGUCUUCCUUCCACUUCCUCAUUCCAAGUUGCACCCUCAAUGCUCUGUCGACUGCUUUUUUGGCUUUAGCAUCCAAAGAUCAUCAUGACUUUGCAAUCAUUCCUCUCGUUUUAAUUCACCAAGCUGAAAGAUGGAUUAUGUUGCAGGCAAUUCUUGUUUUCAAUUUUAGUUACUUAUUUGGCAUGCUUUGGAAAGUAAUGUUAUAGAUUGUUGUACAAGCAUUUAUAUAUAAUGGCGGAUUCUGAGGGAAGUUUUUCAAGCUCAGCGGCUGGUGAAAAGUUAGGGCCUAGUGAUUACUUGUCAAUAGGAAAAGGUUAUGGAACAUAUGGCAUUUUGGGUGCUGCUGUUGUGGCCAUUCUUUUACCUGUAUUCCUCUCCAUUGUGUUCAUGGGGAAGAAAAAAGUGAGGCAGAGAGGAGUUCCUGUUGAAGUUGGUGGUGAGCCGGGUUAUGCAGUUCGCAAUGGUCGAACAAGUCACUUGAUCGAAGUCCCUUGGGAAGGGGCAAAUACCAUGGCUGCUCUGUUUGAGCAAUCUUGCAAAAAGCAUUCUAAACAUAGAUUUCUUGGAACAAGGAAGUUAAUUAGCAAGGAAUUUGUCCCAGCUAAGGAUGGUAGGAAGUUUGAGAAGCUACAUUUAGGGGAUUAUGAAUGGCAAACCUAUGGACAAGUUUUUGAGCGUGCAUGCAACUUCGCUUCCGGGCUUAUUGGAUUAGGCCACAAUGAGGAUACUCGUGCUGCAAUUUUUUCUGAAACUCGGGCUGAAUGGUUCAUUGCCUUCCAGGGAUGCAUGCGGCAGAAUAUUACUAUUGUUACUAUAUAUGCUUCUCUUGGCGAGGAUGCCCUUAUUCACUCACUCAAUGAGACACAAGUAUCAACUCUGAUUUGUGAUUCCAAGCAAUUGAAAAAGUUGGCUCCAAUAAGCUCAAGACUAACAACUAUCAAUAAUGUGAUUUACUUUGAAGAUGAUGAAAGUGCAACUGCAAUUGAUCCUAGCAUAUCUGGAAGUAUGAUGCACUGGACGGUUUCAUCUUUUUCUAAAGUUGAGAAACUGGGCAAAGACAAUCCCCUCCCUCCAAGCAUGCCUUCCAAAAAUGGAGUUGCUGUUAUCAUGUAUACAAGUGGCAGCACAGGCCUACCAAAGGGAGUCAUGAUUACUCAUGGCAACAUUAUAGCCACUGCUGCAGCUGUCAUGACAGUGAUCCCAAAAUUGGGUACCAAUGAUGUUUAUAUGGCAUACUUGCCCCUAGCACAUGUUCUUGAACUGGCUGCUGAGUCUAUAAUGUUAACUGCAGGGUGUGCAAUUGGCUAUGGUUCUGCAUUGACUUUAACAGACACAUCUAAUAAAAUUAAGAAAGGAACCAAAGGUGAUGCUACUGUGUUAAAGCCCACUCUCAUGGCUGCAGUUCCAGCGAUACUAGAUCGUGUUAGAGAUGGAGUUCUGAAAAAGGUUGAGGAGAAAGGAGGGCUUGCAAAAAAGCUUUUCAACCUUGCUUAUAAGCGACGAUUGGCAGCCAUAGAAGGAAGCUGGUUUGGUGCUUGGGGACUGGAAAGAAUGAUGUGGGAUGUUAUUGUCUUCAAAUCAAUACGUGCUGUACUUGGAGGAAAUAUCAGAUUUAUGCUUUGCGGUGGAGCUCCUUUAUCCAGAGAGUCACAACGUUUCAUCAACAUAUGCAUGGGGGCUCCAAUAGGUCAGGGUUAUGGCUUGACAGAAACAUGUGCUGGAGCUGCUUUUUCUGAGUGGGACGACACUUCUGUGGGCCGCGUUGGACCUCCUCUUCCUUGUUGCUACAUUAAGCUUGUUUCUUGGGAAGAAGGUGGGUAUAGGACAUCUGACAAGCCAAUGCCCCGAGGAGAGAUUGUAGUUGGGGGUUUCUCUGUAACUGCUGGUUACUUUAACAAUGGAGAAAAGACUGAUGAGGUCUAUAAGGUUGAUGAAAGGGGCAUUCGCUGGUUUUACACUGGCGAUAUUGGACGUUUUCACCCUGAUGGAUGCCUUGAAAUUAUUGAUAGGAAAAAAGAUAUUGUGAAACUUCAACAUGGAGAAUAUGUCUCACUUGGAAAGGUUGAGGCAGCAUUAAUGUCGAGCAACUACGUAGAUAAUAUCAUGGUAUAUGCAGAUCCCUUCCAGAACUAUUGUGUAGCUCUAGUUGUUCCAUCACGUCAAGCUCUUGAGAAAUGGGCCCAGGAAGUUGGCCUCAAGCACCAGAACUUUUCAGAGUUGUGUGACAAAUAUGAAACUAUUACUGAAGUCAAACAAUCAUUGUCCAAGGUGGGAAAAGCAGCCAAAUUGGACAAGCUUGAAAUUCCGGAGAAGAUUAAGCUGUUGCCAGAUCCAUGGACACCUGAAUCCGGCUUAGUUACAGCUGCUCUAAAGAUUAAGAGGGAACAGCUGAAGUCCAAAUUUAAAGAUGAGCUCCGAAAACUCUAUGAGUGAAAUAAUGAUGUUUUGUUUAAUGUGCUUUCCUCCUCUACUUUUUGAUACUUUCAAAUAUCCACUGCAACAAAGAGGGUUUUCUCAGAAAACCAAUAUGAAUUCAUAUGAAUUCUUCUAGCUGGAGUUUCAGUACACUGCCAUCCACUGCAGUUCAUCACGGGGAAAGGAGAUUAAUUGCUUCACCUAAAUUGCAGGACCAUACUUGGGUUCCAACUAGGAUUAUGUAUGUGUAAUAAAAGCAUAUUGCUUGAGGAUUGUGCACGAUUGUCGUGUCUGGUCGGACUUCCUAUUGUUUUUGGUAUAAGUAUGGCGUAUGUGCAACAAGUAAAAUAAUUAGCUGUAUGAUAGUCUUCCCUAUCACAGGCAUUGUGGCUUCUGCAUUGUAGUACUUUAUCUUUUCUCUUAGUUAAUGUUGCGUCACUUCUAAUUUUCUUA